AAUGAGCGGCUGAGCUAAAGCACCACGUUAAUGUCAGCGCUCCCGCCUCCCAGAUCCUGACCAGCCACACGACCACACCAGCAGCCAGCUUUGUCACAAGCUUGUUAACCUCCAGGACAGCCAGCAGCGUUCCUAAGACAGCAUGGGCCUCCCACAACGGCUCAUCCUCACCCUCCUGUCCAUCUACCUAUACUCAGCAACCGUGGUGAACACACAGCAAGAAUUCAAAAUUCAAAGUGUCGAGCUAAUCAUUGAGCCCAGGAACGAUGUGACUGCGGGGACCAAUGUGACUCUGAGAUGCCAUGCCACAGUGAGCACGAGUACUGGCAAGGGGCUGAUUCGUGAGUACACCAUAUUGAAGAAUGACAAGAUAGUGUACACCAAGACCAUUGGCUCCUCUGAGGACUUCGUGUACCAGCUGCACAAUGCCAGAGUCUUCAGCACAGGCUUGUAUCAGUGCAAGCUAGACAUCCAAGGCGACACCAAGUUGAGCAAAGCGCAAAGACUCAACGUACAAGGACUCUCGCAGCCAGUUCUCCAUCUUAAUACGAACGUUGUUAAUGAAGGGGAGGAGGUACAAGCCACCUGUAUAGCUCCGGGUGAAAUAGGGUCCUUCAUCUUCUUCUUCUUCGAUAAUGAUGAACAGAUAAGCAGGGUGGAAGAACUCUCCAACCAAGCAAAGACCACUUUCAGGUUAAGCGGUGCUGACGUCCACAAAAUUCACUGCUCCUACAAGAUCCGCACAGCAGAGGACACCUUCCCUUCAACAAAAAGCAACAACGUCACUGUUUCAGUCAAAGAGCUUUCUAUUACACCAGAACUGAAGAUUUUCCCUGACUCCACAAUCUAUGAAGGAGACCACCUCAACAUCUCGUGUAGUGCAAAAAAUGUUCACUCCAGCUCUGAAGGUUACAAGCUAUUCCUGAGCCAGGGCACCAAGCUUCUCAGGACUGGCAACUCUACAAUAAACCACAACAUGGUUGCAGUACCAAAGGCCUCUGAAGCGCUUACAUUUGACUGCAGAGUGGUAGUGAGAAAUGUGGAGAAAUACUCUGAGAAGAAGAUUUCAGUGGUUGAGCUCUUCUCAGUGCCCAGUCUCACCAUGUCUCCCACUGAAGUCUUUCAAGGGCAAAUUAUGACAUUGACCUGCAACAGUGAUCGUUUUGCCUCUCAAAGAAUCAACAGGGAGGAUUUGGAGUACACUCUUUAUCCAUCUAAAAACUUACCAAGCUCUGGUAAACCUGGAGUCUUUAAUGUGAAGGCCCUGCAGAAUGAUUUCAACUACACCUGCUCAGCUGAAGCCAAAGGCAUCAAGAAAGAUAGCAAAACCCUGAUGAUUCGUCCUAAAGUUCAUGUCUCUGCUCUAAAGAUUUCAAUCGAGGACAAGGUGAUCCUGAAAAAGAGCUUCACCAUCUUGUGUCAGUCGAAUGGCAGCCUGCCGAUAAACUACACCCUGUUUAAGGAUAACGUCCAAGUGGGCACAAAAGUCAUCCGGGAGCGAAAUCGACAAGCUGUCUUUAUGGAUGUCAUCAAUGAGCCUGGUGAAAGACAGUACAGGUGUGAGGCGAAGAAUAGUCUCCAUUCCAACAAAACUGGCUCCAGUCAACACCUCAGCGUGAAUGUCAUCGUGCCUUUGAGCCAAAUGACUCUGGCCGUCAUCCCUUCUUCACUAAAAAUCUCAGAGGGAAAAGAACUCUAUUUCAUAUGUAGUGUUAAUGGCACAGGGCCAGUCACCUUUAAGUGGUACCGAACCGGCAGUGUAGUACCGUUGCAAACCAACACCACCACAGAGACCUACUCAAACUUGGAGAUAAAACCAGUCUCCAAAAAUGACAGUGACGAGUACUACUGUGAGGCUUCCAACGGCGCCAACAAGGUCAGAAGUGAGAACGUAAAUGUACAAGUAUUCAUGGCACCGUGGAAAAAAGGGUUGAUUGUCGUGGCCUGUCUGGUGCUGCUGCUGCUGUUAGUUCUGCUCUUGGUGGCGAGCAUGCUGAACAUCAAAUCUAAGAGAGAUAGAAGAGAAGCAGCUGCUGAACUGUCAGUAAAGCCUUCGAGCCCUAAAUCAGAUGACCCUUUAACAGUGAAUCUAACCCACGACACAGACGUUUAUAAUGCAGCCACAGUGAAGGUGGACAGAGCUGAAGUCAGCGUGUGGAGUAAACGGAAACCUGAAACAGAAAGCGACGAUGAGAUCAGCGAGGUGUCCAACGAGCCUAACGUGGAGUACACGGAGGUGGUGCACGCCCGGUCAACAGAUCCUGCCAGAGUUCCACUGAGAAAAGGCACAGACACAGUUUACAGUGAGCUCCAAAACUCUCCAAAUGGUGCUGCUGAUCCCCCCGACUAUGUGAGUAAUUAUCUGCACAGUCACACUCGUCUUCAGACAUCUUUGGUGGGAUUGUUGGCAAGAGAGCACAUGUUUCACUUUUUAUUACUGCCUGUGACCUGUUUAUACGCCCUUAUAUUAAGUAUACAAAUACAUGACAUCCACCCAUCCAUUGAUUCUCUUCCUCUUAUCCUUAUCAAGGUUGUGAUAGGCUGGAGCCUGUCCCAGUUAUCAUAGCAAGACAAAUACAAGACAUGUAACAGUAAUCUCGUGGUUUUUUUAGUGUUUUCAAAAGCAGAGUCCAUGUUUAAUUUGAUAACAGGAGUUCCUUCAGUCUUGUACAUCACGUCAUUUCCAGAAACAUCCAUUGUGUUUACUGUACUUUAUACGCUCAGGAAUAUAAAAACAUAGAAGUUCCUGGCACCUGCUUCCAAGGUGCACAGAUGAGAUGAUGAAGUCCGGAGAUUUGUCAUGUGUACGAGCUGAGGUGUUUUAGCUUGUCGCCUUCACCAGAAUCAUCACGAGGCAAAAUCAUUUUAAAUAGAUUUGCUAUGUCAUACAUGGAUCUGCCACUGAGUCUGGGUGGCCUUUGGGAGCCUUUGGAAGCAGACCAAUCAACUUCAAGUGGUGCAAAACUUCAACAGCACGCUUCAGUUGCACUUCUACAAUUUACGGAACAAAAUGGUGCCACCCAGGUUUUCUAUUGGACCCCUUUCCAUGGCCUGAAGCCACAUGACUGCUGUAGAUGCCCAGCCCAUCCUUAGAUAUGGCAGAGGACGUAUAUGACUUGUUCUUUUCUAUUUUUAUGACGGCCCUGAAGCACUUCAGUCAAACAAUUAAAUACUUCCAUAAAAGUGCUGCUGGAGUUUUAACCUCUUCACUUCCUCAGUAUCACACACGGAUUAACACAUCCGUAAUCUUCUUAAGAUCGCAUCUAAAUUUGAUGAGGUAUUAUGAGUUAUAAAUGCAUUGAAUGUAUUCACUUCACUUGUUACAUUCAAGGUAAAAGCCUCAGUAUUGCACACUGAGUGUAUGAGUUCAUCAUAAUGGCGGGUACAGCUCGUCAGUUGAAUCAUGCAUAAGCACCUGUGGAGUGAUGAUUAGUACUGGUGCUGUAUAUUUUUAUGCAUUAAUGAAUGAUUCAUGCUUUUAUCUUGUUCUGGAAGUGACACAAGAUGAGAAGCAGUAUAAGUUUAUCUUCAUUUUAUUGCACACUUGUAUUUUUUUUCUGCCAGUGGGUAAAAUAAUCACCACAGUUUUAUAUAGUAACUCAUGUAAUGUAUCCUUCUGCUCUCGGUGACCCUCUGCAGGCCGAUAAUCCAGAGAGAGGGAAACGGCUGUCAAAGUUUCCAGACGAGAACAAAAGCAUUUGGGCCGGGGCUUCCUUCCCUAUCAGGCAGUCAGAUCAGGCGCUGCGGUCCAGUCAAAUUACCUUCAAUCCCAUCUCAGCCAACAUACUGUCUCCCACUGAGCUCUAAACAUACCACUGAUGGCCGCGCUAUUUGUCCUUAAAUGGUGCUCAAGGCGGUUAAACUGGGGAAUUUGAAGAAUAAACUGAGGAUGUGACAUCACUGUCUAAAAGUGGCUAAUUUCUCAUUGUUGUGUGUUCUGGAUAGCACCAGUUUGCUCAGGUCAGAAUAUUUGGUAGACAAUUUGCAGUUUUUGCUUUUGGCAUCUGUUAUGAUGCAUAAAAUCCACAUAAACAUAAAACAUAAAAUCAGAUUUGAAAGUAUCAUAUCUUAUUUGCAGCCACGAUCAAAUACUGCUUUGUGUUGUGUAUUUAAUAAUCAGAAUCUUUAUUGUCUUUGCUUGUGUGUCUGCAGGGUUCGGUAGAAUACGCUGAGCUCAACCGUGAACAAUUUGAGAUUAGUCAGUACGAUCCACAGGUCCACAGCUACCAGGACCUCCCUGAGCCGGUGGACUAAUAAGAUCACAGCUGUCUCUCCAGUCUUCUCGUACUGCUGUGCUGUUUUUGUUGAGGUUUUUUUUUUUUUUUU